AUGUCGAUAUUAUCAACAGCUGCUCAAAUUGCUAAUAAUUAAAGUUAGUACAGAUAGUCAGUAUUUAGGAUUGAAGCUUCUGGAGCUGACCCUUCAGCAGUAAGAAGCAAUAUUGCCAAGCCAACACUUAUCAAUAAGAGAAAGAAAGUUUUUGACUCCGCUGACUACUUCUAUUAAUAAUGCAUUUAGAAUGAAAAAGAAUAAAGAAGAAAAGACCAAGAAGAAAAAAUGGCAUAGCAAAGCAGGGAGUUUUUCAUGCAGGCUUGCGAAGCAAUGAAAGAGAAGUAUGGAGAAUCUAAUUUUAAGAGAAAACUUUCUAUGAUUUAAAAAGAGAAGAAGAAAUUUGAUUCUGCAGAUUAUUUCAUGUAAAAAGAAUCUAACUGUGGGGAUGAGUAAGAGUAUCAAUCUGAAGAAUAGCAAAUAUUGAGCGAAGCUGAUAAAGCUAUGCAAAAAUAAGCAGAUUUUGGUGACAAGCACUUUAUCUGCUGUGCUAAAAGAAAACCACUUAUUCCAAAGCUGAGAAAGAAUUUUGAUAGUGCAGAUUACUUUAUGGAUAUAGCAAAAGAAAGUGGUUCUUCCCAUCCAAUAUCUUAAGAAGAAUGGGAGUAGAUGCUGGAGCGCUAGAUAGAAAAAGUUGAAUAAGAGUAUAACUAGUUUUAUUAAACUUUGAGUAGCUGCUCUGAGAUAAGUGAGUCAGGCUCAAAUGCAAACCAUAAUAAUUAAUCUGAACAAGCUCAAAAUCCAUUUUAAAAUGAUAUUGCUGCCCCCUAAAAUUUCAAUUUAAAUUAAUUUGCUUAAAAUUCUUAAGGCUCUUAAGAAUUAGUAGGUACUAAGUAGCAAUAGCCAAAAGUAAAAAGCAUGCCUGAUAUAAGCAUGGAAACUGAAAAAAUAGUGAACAUUCAAUCUGACAGAAUGGAAGCUAAGUACAUUCUCCAUAAAAAGAGAUUACCUUUAAUCAAUAAGAAACAUCUUACCUAAUUUGAUUCAGCUGAUUACUUUAUGCAGUAAUAGUAAUAGUAAGAAACUUAAUAAUUACAACAAUAAAAUGAUUAAAAGCUUUACAAAAAAUCUGGCUCUCUUGAUGAUAUAGUCAAUGAAAAAGUUGAGCAAAUUAUAUAAGCAUAGGCUGAUAUAUGUGAAAGACAUUAUAUCCUGAAAAAAAAAGACAUUAUUGUUAAAAUGAAAUAAAAUACUAAAAAGAAUAAAUUUGACUCUGCAGACUACUUCAUGGAAAAGGCAGCAGCUUCUAGUGAUCAUUCAAUAUCUGAUGAUUGA